CCUUGCACCAGCCGGGAGCUAAUGAACGGGGCACCGGGAGGAUUACCUGAGGGCUAAACGCGUUUUAAACGGUUUUCCUGCCAAAUUCAGGCAAGCCUGUGAGGACGCUGAGGUAUAUUUGCGGCUAUGACGGACGAAAAAAGCAGCAGCGGUCCUGAAAGUGACGCACAGCAGCCUCGGAGCACCGCUACAGCGGAAUACUGCGCAAACUUGCAGCAGUGGAUGUGGCAGUAUUACUGGGGGUACGCCAGCUGGCAGAGCUGGGUGGCUCUGUCAGCUUUCCCCUUCCCUCCGCCGGGGAUAAGCGCUCAGACGCCGCCGGGUACACCCGUCAGUGGGCAGCAAGCAUUUGACACAAGGAGCUGGUACAGCUACUAUCCUGUCACAUCCCCCGCAGCUUCCUUUCCUCACCUGGCUGCCGGGACCGAGCUGGGCUCAGCCACCAACCCGCUCCCGGGUGCCGAUGCUCGUCCUGGUCAGCAGCAGAACGGGAACCCGCCUCAGGCAGGACAAGAGUACACCAUCCCCUCUCCUCUCCAGAGGUUCCUCGCAGAGACUGUGGACUUCUUCAUCCUGUUUUGUGUGAAAGCCACCAUCGUGUUAUGGAUCAUGUAUCUGAGUGGUAUGAAGGACAUUGCCAAAUUUAUCACCCACUUCAUUGUGGAGGAGAUAGAUGAGAACACGUCCCUGGAGGACCUGCAGAAGAUGAUGGCUGUUGCUCUGGUCUACAGGGUACUGGUGUGUGUCUACGAGAUCAUCUGUAUUUGGGGCGCUGGUGGAGCUACGCCAGGAAAGUUCCUGCUCGGCUUGCGGGUGGUGACGUGCGAUACGUCCACCCUUAUACGACCCAACUGUGUUCUUGUGGUCCCAGCAUCCAACGUGUCCUUCUCAGCCUCUACUGUGCGGGCGUUGAACAAGAACUUCUCCAUUGCCUUCCUCUUCCCUGUCUUUAUCACCCUCCUCUUCUUCCAGCACAACAGGACUGUGUACGACAUUGUGGCGGGGACCAUAGUUGUUCAGCGCAGAGGAGGCAGAUAGCAGUAUUAGACUUCUGUUUAAAGAGUAUCUAGAAAAUUUUAUCGAACUCAGAUUUACUAACACAGAGGAGAGUGACUUUGCUGGGAAAAACUUGGAACGCUCUAUAAAAUGAAACGUAUACAGACGUAGACCUGGUACAGUGGGAUGAGAAACAUCUCCUGCUGUAAGGGAUUUAAAGGUGCAAUAUGUAAGAUGUUUAAUUAAAAACAUUUAAAAAUUAAGUGGAAUCGUCAGCACAAUGUGAUGAAAUCCUUCAAAGUUUCUGAAGUUAUGUCAGAUUCUACAUGUUAUGUUGUAGAGAUGAAAUUAUAAAUGCAGUGGUGGACGGGGUUGGACAAAAGCGCUGGACGGUUUCGGUUUCAGCCUACAACUGACCUUACAGUGUGUCCUGUGCGCGUUAAUGGCAGUAGGUGACACAGACAGCUGGAGGCUUGGAUCCUACAACAUGAUGUUAGCUAGCUUUAUAAUAUAUCAAUGCUGCAACAGCAUCUGUGAUAGCAAACACAAACAGUUGUUGAUCUGCUGUUAAAAUAAAUAACAAUAAAAAGUCCAGUGCAAACAAAAAUCUAUAUAAGUUAAAUCUUCACAUAUCAGCAUUUUGGUGAUUGCAUGAUUAUCAGUCGUGCAAUCCAGCACAGUUAGACACUGCAUUAGUCUUUUUCCCUGGCUCAGUUGGUCUUUACCUGCCAACAGGCUCAUCAGUACUGCACGAACACUACUGCUGUUACUGUGUCCCAAAGCUAGAAGGUCUAAAGCUGAGAUUGGUGGAGAGGGAAAGCCAGGGAGAAGUCCUGAUUGGACACUGGCUGUCUGUGUAUUUUAGGCAGCCCGGCCGACCUAUUAUAUGGAUUUCUAAAGCCGAUAGCUCGUGUGUGUCUCCAUGUGAAACAGAGCACAGGAAAGCAGCAAAGUAAGUGCAAACAAGUAGACGUGAGUUAGCUAAACAACAUCAGUGUUGUUUUUUUUCAGUGUCAUAUGUUUAUGAAAAAAGAAUAAGAGCAAUAUUAUGAAGUGAGGUGCUCUAACAUGCACUUUCAUAAAAGAGCGACACAUUCAGGAAACUUUAAAGGAGCAGUUAAAAAAACACAUUUUGUUGGUGUGCUUUGCUUUUUAUUUAAGAGCAAUUUUGUUCCGUUUUACCUUUUAAAAUUAAAUGACAGAACAUGACUGUUUUUGUCAGCCUCUGCAGAAAAUUUUUAUAUUCAAAUUAACAAACUUUGCAAGUAAAAAGGUUUGAGUCAUCCGUCACUCUUUUUCUAUGCACAACUGGUAUAUGCAAAGCAAGAUGGCAUGCGAGGCUCCUGAAUGGCCUACUGUCCCCAAAAUAAAACUGGAGGAAAAGUCCAUCUGCAGUCCUGAGUCAGGCUGAGAAACAGAACACUCUAUACAAAUUGCACCUUUAAUUCUCACCACUGUAUCGCUCUAAAUAAGCUCAGAGGACAAAACUAAAGUAUUGUGAGGUUUUUGCUCAUCGCAGAGUGUGUAAAGUUGGAAAGCUUGUUGUCGUGGAAUAAUCCCGCAGCUCAUGUGAAUUUUAAUAAGUGCGCUACUGUAUGACACAAUCUACUGUUUCCUUUUUUUUUUUUUGGUGACCCUGAAAGGAUUUGAUAACUUUUACCUUUUGUGAUUAUGUAGUUGCAGUAUGCAAGAUUUUUGUACCACUAAAGUGCAUGUCCACUAUUGUGUGAUUGUUUCAUUUUUCUACAAACUGAAGCUAACUGUUCUUUAAUACUUUGUAAGAAAAAGUUAUAAAUAAUUUAACGUAUUGGCAACUUGCAAACACAUGGGCAGCAUUGUUAUUAGAGUACGACACUUUGCAGCCUCUUUCUUUCUUUAAGCCAACAAUGAUCAGUCAAAUGUCUAACAUGCUGAUAGUUUCUUUGUGAUUUAUUAAUGCUGAAAAAGAACAUUUAAGAGUUGUUUUUAUGUGCCCACGGACCAUUUAAUGAAGUGUUUUUUUCUGA